UCACGGGUCCUACCCUGGCUACGCGGGAGUCACCGGACACUUGAAGGAUGGCUGCACUUUGAAUGGGGGUGUAUCUGCCUCUGCCUCUUGCCUAACCGUGACAUGGGAGAGAAAAAAAAAAUAGCUGCCUGAUUUCCAGCAUGACUCAUUACAAACAAAGAGAGGACAGAUUGACUGCCUCUUAUCAGACGAGUAUGCGCCCCAGGACUGAGGACAAAGGGGACAUGCCUGAAGGACUCACGAUGCCAUAUCACCCAGUACUGACAUGCUGAUCCCAGACUCCCGGAGCGUGCGCUGGUAGGUUCACAAUAAAGGUGCUAACAAAGAGAAUGUAAGACAAGAAAAUAAUUAAAUAUUUGACUGAGUCUUUUCAACAGACCACGUUUAAGAGGUGUCUCGGACUCCCUAUUGCCAGUGGCUGGAACACAAUGGAUCACACAGGGGCACUAGACACUGAGGAUGAAUUGGGACCUUUAGCCCAUCUUGCUCCAAGUCCUCAAAGUGAAGCCGUUGCUCAUGAAUUCCAGGAACUCUCCUUGCAGUCCAGUCAAUACUUACCCCCUCUGAAUGAAAGGAAGAAUGUGCUCCAGCUGAGGCUGCAACAAAGGAGGACAAGAGAACAACUAGUGGACCAGGGCAUCAUGCCACCUUUGAAGAGCCCAGCGGCAUUCCAUGAGCAGAUAAAAAGCUUGGAACGAGCCAGAACUGAAAACUUUUUGAAGCACAAGAUUCGAAGCCGACCAGAUCGUUCUGAACUUGUCAGGAUGCACAUUUUAGAAGAAACAUUUGCAGAGCCAUCCCUGCAGGCCACUCAGAUGAAGUUGAAAAGAGCUCGCCUAGCUGAUGAUCUGAAUGAAAAGAUUGCUCAGAGACCUGGUCCUAUGGAACUGGUAGAGAAAAACAUCCUGCCUGUAGACUCCAGUGUUAAGGAAGCAAUUAUAGGCGUUGGGAAGGAGGGCUAUCCCCAAACUCAGGGCGAUUUCUCAUUUGACGAAGACAGCAGUGAUGCUUUGUCUCCAGAUCAGCCUGCCAGCCAGGAGUCUCAGGGCUCAGCCGCAUCCCCAAGUGAGCCAAGAGUUAGUGAGUCGCCGUCUCCUGUGACUACAAACACUCCAGCCCAGUUUACUACAGUGUCCCCAGCAGUUCCUGAAUUCUUGAAAACUCCCACUACUACAGAUCAGCCCCCCACAAGGUCCACAGCUCCUGUGCUCCCCACAAACACUGUGUCCUCAGCAAAGCCUGGGCCUGCACUGGUAAAGCAAAGCCAUCCCAAGAAUCCGAAUGACAAGCACCGUAGCAAAAAAUGCAAAGACCCCAAACCACGGGUAAAGAAGUUGAAGUACCACCAGUACAUUCCACCAGACCAGAAAGGUGAGAAGAGCGAGCCGCAGCUGGACUCCAACUACGCCCGCCUGCUCCAGCAGCAGCAGCUGUUCCUGCAGCUACAGAUCCUGAGCCAACAGCAGCAGCACUACAACUACCAGACCAUCCUGCCUGCACCACUCAAGCCACUCAAUGACAAAAAUAACAACAGUGGGAAUUCAGCUUUGAACAGUACCACACCUAAUACACCAAGACAGAACACGUCCAUUCCUGUGAGGAAACCAGGGCCUCUGCCUUCCAGCUUGGACGACUUAAAGGUAUCAGAACUGAAGACAGAACUGAAGUUAAGGGGUCUUCCAGUGUCGGGCACCAAACCGAACCUUAUCGAGCGCCUGAAACCUUACCAGGAAAUGAACAGCAGUGGUGCUGCUGAUGGCAUCACAGCGGUGUCGACAUCUGCCGUUGUCACCAGUAACCCAGAAGUCACCAUGGCAGUGCCAGUCACCACACUGCAUAACUGUGUGACGAGCCCGGGCUCCACUGUCAAGCCAGAAUUGCCAUCUGCUGGAACCAGCAAUGUGGCCCACGUGGAAAAUGUUAAUUCACCUCUGCCUAUCUCGCCGUCUCCCUCCGAACAGUCCAGUCUCAGCACCGAGGACACAAACAUGGCCGACACUUUCACCGAGAUCAUGACCAUGAUGUCUCCGUCCCAGUUCUUGUGCUCAUCUCCUUUGAGAGUGACCAGUAACGAAGACAGCCUAAGUCCCACCAGCAGCACUCUGUCCUCACUGGAACUGGAUGCAGCUGAGAAGGAUCGCAAGCUUCAGGAAAAAGAGAAGCAGAUCGAAGAGCUGAAAAGGAAACUGGAACAAGAGCAGAAGCUCGUGGAAGUUCUGAAAAUGCAACUGGAGGUGGAAAAACGAGGGCAGCAGCAACAGCAGCGGCGACCACUGGACCCCCAGCCCAGCGCCCCAGCUAAUUCUGUCAGUCAGGCAGAGCAGAAGCAGGGCAGCGGGGGAUCCUCCAUCAAAGAUGAGACCUCGCUCACUGACUGCUCCAGCCCCAGGCAGCCUGUACCAGGGGCCAGCCACUCUGUGGGCCAGCCUCUUUCUGCGGGUGGCCAGACGCUUGUUGCCAAAAAGGCUGUAGUGAUCAAGCAAGAGGUCCCUGUGGCCCAGGCAGAGCAGCCAAGCAUUGUCUCGCAGUUUUACGUGAGUUCCCAGGGACAGCCACCGCCUGCUGUUGUCGCUCAGCCGCAGGCUUUGCUGACCACGCAAACUGCUCAGCUGCUGCUCCCCGUAUCUAUCCAGGGCUCCAGUGUCACCUCCGUGCAGCUCCCUGUAGGCAGCCUCAAACUCCAGACUCCCCCACAAGCAAGCGUCCAGACUCAGCCUCAGAUAGCAACUACCACCUUGUCCUCGGGCUUGGCCCAGCCUGGAUCUCAGCAACCAGGCAUGUUCACACCGCACGUGCUCGGUCAGCCACAGCAAAUCAGAAAGGUUUUCACAAGCUCGGCAUCCAGUGCAGUUCUUUCACAUCAGAGACCACCCGCUCCAACGGCCCAGCAGCCCUUUGUUAACAAGACACCCAGCAGCGUUCUCCAACCCAGAAGUGCACCCCUUCCAUCCCUGCAAAACGGACCGAGCCCUCCUAGCAAGCCGAGUUCGCCCCCUCCACCCCAGCAGUUUGUUGUCCAGCACUCGCUGUUUGGGAGCCCAGUCCCCAAGACGAAAGACCCUCCCCGCUACGAGGAGGCCAUCAAGCAGACACGCAGUGCCCAGCCUUCACUUCCAGAGAUUUCCAAUGCACAUAGUCAGCAGAUGGACGACCUCUUUGAUAUCCUCAUUAAGAGUGGAGAGAUUUCCCUCCCUAUAAAGGAAGAGCCUUCUCCUAUUUCCAAAAUGAGACCAGUGACAGCCAGCAUCACCACAAUGCCAGUCAACACAGUGGUGUCCCGGCCACCACCCCAAGUCCAAAUGGCACCACCCAUAUCCUUAGAACCUAUGAGCAGUUUAUCUGCCAGCUUAGAGAACCAACUAGAAGCUUUCCUGGAUGGGACUUUACCUUCAGCCAAUGAAAUUACUCCACUACAAAGCAGCGGCGAGGACAGAGAGCCCUUCUCCCUAAUUGAGGAUCUCCAUAAUGACCUGCUGAGUCACUCGGGCAUGCUGGACCACUCGCACUCACCCAUGGAAACCUCCGAGGCCCAGUUUGCCGCAAGUACUCCCUGUCUGUCACUUGACCUCUCUGACUCAAACCUGGACAACAUGGAGUGGUUAGACAUCACCAUGCCCAACACUUCGUCGGGACUCACACCUCUCAGUGCCACUGCCCCAAGCAUGUUCUCUGCUGACUUUCUAGACCCACAAGACCUGCCAUUGCCAUGGGACUAACAUCACAGAUUCUUGUCUGAGGUCACGAGGUUUAAGAGGAUGAGUCUAAAAGGUCAGUUUUUAAGAGACAGAUCCAUAGUUGCAUCGUUGCAAUGAAAAUAUAUUGUCACAGAAAGAACAGAUAGAUGGUCACAGCGUGGAAACCAAGUUUGAGAACGUUCAUUGCACCCAGCAGUGAAUGUCUACGGUUUUAUAUAGCACAGGGCCUUCUGAAAAAUCACUAGUCAAAGAAGACCUGUUUCUCCAAACCAGUAAAGAAUGAAAAGUACCUUUAGAUAAAAACAGAGUAAUGUGCACAGGAGAACCAAGUACGGAUUCUCUGGUAAUCAACUACAUUUAAACCUCUGUGGUCACUUUCAGGCCCUAAAUACAAGGCAGACAGCUCCAAUGAAACAAGAAUGCCGGUGUGAGGGAGGUGAGAGAUCACCACCGUGUGUUUCUAGACGUGGCUUGAGCCGGCCCAAGACAUAGCAGGGAUCCAAGGCCGAGGAGAGCACCAGCCAGUCCAGCGACAGCUUCCAGCUGAAGACUUGGUUCCAUUCAGAAACCAAUGUAAUUUGUGUUGUAGUUUAUUUUGUGGUUUUUGGAAUCUUUAGAUUUCCAAAUUUAAAUUUAAAUGUAAGUUCUUCCACCAUAACCAGACAGUGUCUUCAAAAUACUAUCAAAAACAAUCUCCUGUAAAAAGUCCAGGUCUAUUGAUAAUACUGAAAAUUCUGUUAGCAUCCCUCUGGGUUGAUUAGAUUGACUUAAUGUAUAAAUUAGACAUUUAUAUCUGCACUCUACGUUGAGAUUUGUACAGCCUGCAUUGGGGUAAGGAAUUGGGUAUCCAGUGGCCCUACUUCUUUUAAUAACGCGAACGUUUCUAGAGUACUUGAGCCACAUGUAUUUCAGGUAACCAGACCCAUCUCAAAGAACCAAGAAAAGGCUUCAGUGUAAAAUAUCUUUCUGAGCUGGUGAGUCGCAAAACGAGGCAAGGGAGAAGUCUCUCGUUCCCAGGACAUUCCCACAAUGGUUACAGGUUAGACUGGCCUAUGGACUCCAGCUCUGGCUGCCCUCUUCUCUGUCACUCAUCCUGGUCAUCGUUUUACAGGCUUGGAACUGGACAUACCUGAGUUCUCGCUAUAUGAUCAAGCCGAAGAUCAAAAAACUGGAGGUUUUAUUAGUUUUUUUAUAUAGAAAGUUAUCACACUUGUUGAGUAGUUUCUUAAGAAUUUUCUAAAAUGCCAACUAUCACAGGAUUUCCAAAAUGAUUUCAAAAUAGUCAUUUAAGCAUAUGACAAAAUGUAUAUAACUGAAAAAAAAUCCUGAAAUCUACCAAAAAGUGUGGAGGUUUUCAUUAAAUAGUAUUCUCGUGCUCUCCACCUCGCCUGUGUGAGCCUGGGGGUCGGGCUGCUCUUUCUGGGUCAUGGAGAGGCAACCUGACCCAUUAUUUGGAAAGAAUUUGUGAAUCAUUUCUAGGUUUGUGUUUUGCCUAAGAGCUGAUACUAUUUCAAAUUUUUAUUUCAGUUUGUAAAUUUCACUACAUGUAAGAAAAGUCCGUUUUUCCAGAACUCAGUCACCCAGAACCCUGGAGCCCUCUGUUAACUGGCACUUCCCAACUCGAAGGCUUCUGAACGGUUCCGGGCAGAGGCGGUGUUCAGUGUGGUCCGGGUGAGUAAUUUAACUGUUAGCAGUCGGUAAUCCCGUGCACGGGGCCCAGAACGCCGCCGUCUGACCAAGCCCAGCGAGAGCUCUGUCGUGCGCACGAUGUGCAUCUUCGAGUCAUUUCCUUUCAGAAGGGCCUGUCUCCAGGGCAGGGCUGUGGACUCAGAAAGGUACUUUCUUAGGGCAGGUCUUAGCAAUGGGUUUUUUCUGGAGCUUAUCUGGUCCAUACUUGGACUCUACGUGUCAUCUUUAUUCAGAUUUAAAUGGCUUAUUAGCACCAAAUAUCAGUGGGACUAUAGGAGGCAACUGAACACUAGUGCUGCUGACUCUCGUUAAAGAACUUUUCGUUAAAGAACUUUCUGUUUCCAUCUUCCCGAGUUGUGUGCAAAGAUCGUUUCCUGGCCCUCAGGCCCCCUUGUUGCCUUUUUAUAAUAGGGUUUGACACAUGCCACAGGAAGGCUGCUCUCCAAACAUACUCCACAGUGCAAAGAAUGCCAUCUCACUAGCCUGCUCUUUGGACUAUGUUGCUGUUGUGCCCACUCUACAUCUGUGUUCAAACCUUAUGUACCAGAAUUUCCUUCAAAGGCAGGCAGGCAAGGAGUCUGGUUAUUAAGUCUACCAGCCACCUACUCUCACCAUUCCACUGGGCCCGCCUGGCCUGGCCUGAGCAGCAAGCUGGGCACCAUGCUGCUCUCCCGGGUCCCAUCUACAUGUUCCAGGUCAGAGUGAGGACACAGACCACGUGCAGCAUGUGACGUGACCAAAGAUGAUGCUCUGUAAUCCAGGCUCCUUUGCCCUCACUCAGUGUACUUAGAGGUAAAUGUAGUGGGAAAGGCGUGUGUUUGCUAAAGAGGACUGUGGUGUUGGAGGUGAGGUUCACAGCCUUUAAAACCCAGGUCAGACAGCCAGCUGGAUUUUCAGUGUGUAGUUUAGAGGUGGUACUGCUGUGGAUCAUCUUGCAGAAUAUCCUAUUGCCAAACAACUCCCAGAAAUGUGUUAUCUCACAUCAGUCUUAUUUCCCUAAAUAUUCCUGAAACACAGCAGUGUCAAGCUUACCUUUCUAGUGUAUAUAGGUGUCUGGUCAUGUCAUGGGAUGGGAUGCACAGGAGUUGUACCAAAGCUUCUACACAGUCUUUGGAAGUCCAGGGUGUGUCAUCUUGUACAUUUCAGCAAAGCAUGUGCUAGAAAACCUUAGGCCCAGUGCUGAUGGUUCAGGUCCUAGUGUUUUUCCUGAACUGUGCAAUCUACUGUAUAGUAUUUGCCACGUAGUUGUACAUAGAUAUAUUCUGAAUUCGUGGAAUUUCUCGUUCAGAUACUAUAUCUGUUUUAUAUGAAUAUUUUUAUAAUACUAAAGAGAUCUUAUUUAAAUUUCCUUUUUAAAAACUGCACAGUUCUGUGGCCCAUGUAACUGACACUCCUGUAAGUGCAGUUUAACACCUUGCUGACCAGCUACUUCGAGCCAGAACUCGCCCAGAUGGCAGGCUACUUUUCUGCUCUUUGAAAACUCGACACUGCUUUCAGACCUUGAAAUUACUUAAAUUAACACACAGACACGAGUUAUCUCGUGACCAGUCAACAUCAUUCAGACACAGAAACAUGGGUAUACUCGUGACUGGUCAGCAAGAACAAGUGGCCAAGGCAGUCCGGUGUUGCCUCCAAACUGCGCCUGUUGUAGGCAAAGUCAUGGUAAUAAGCGCCACAGAACUGCAGUCAGUGACACUGAGCUAUGUCAAGAGCAUGUCACCCAUUCUGUCACCAGAGCUGAUGCAGGCUUCUUCACCCUCAACCUCAGACCAUUCCAGGCCACAGAGCUUCAUCCUUUCAGACUUCCCACUGACCAGCCACAGCAGCUGACAAGACAGCUGUCCCCACAAGUGCCAGGACAGUCCCUCUACUGGCCGCAGCGAAGUGGUAAAGCUCUCUGGCAGCGACCAGGGCACACCUCACACCGUUUCCGGGGGCCGCCUAGUGGCAGGCCUUUCCCAUGCCGCUGUCGGUCGGGUGGGGGUGUCCAGCACCCCUGGGGACUUUUAGAGAAUGUUAGGGAGGAUAGCUAUUGGGUGUCUACCAGCGAGCAGCACAGGUCCAUUAACCACAUUCACAAGCAACCCUCCGCUCUUCCAUCCAUCACUGCAAACAUGAAUCCUGGCUACGGGCAGCUGAGCAGACACCAAACAGAUUGACCACUGCCCUAGAGGCCACAGAGUUAGCCCAGAUUAUCAAAACCCUUAACUGGAAGGUCAGGGUCAUCAAGAAACACAGCUUACAAGUGCAGACCUGUGUGGUUUGGAGAGCAUCCUACCUGCAGUGCAGCUCAUCUUUUCGGUGGUUUCAGUCAAAACUGGAAUUAAUUCAGAUGUAGUAAUUCCUUCUCAAACUUUGGAGAGCUUGCUCAGUGAUCUUUCUAGGCUACUCUUUACAUGUGAAGUGACUGCAUGGCAGUGUAUGUCUUCCCUGCUCGCCCUUCUCUCAGCAUUGGAGGAAAUGCAUCCCUGAAAAGCGUUUCUCCUGGGAACCUUUGAUUUGGAGCCUGUAAUUUAAAAAGCUGCACAUGUUUACAAAGCGCUCUAACCCUCCACGCAAACACAUUGCUCUGAAUCAUUGAAAAAGUGUCACAGCUUUGUAACAACAGGAUGGCAAUCUCAGAUCCUCAAGGUGCUGUCUGGAAUCAGAUAAAAUAUGUCACCAGUGAUAAUCGACACAGCUGUCAUGUUUAACAGAGCUUUGUGCCAACUACUAAGACAAAGCUUUAACCAAGUUCACGAAUCACAGAGACUCAUAACAAUUACCUCUCUACAUUACGCUGUAGAAACGUGCUGAUUCGAUAGGAGGGAGAAGCAUUUAGGAAAGGGUUUAGUAUCUACCAAAAGUACUUAACCUCAAGUAACCAAUAGUAAUGCAAACUUGCUUUAAAGGAACCAAAGGCAUUGCCAAGUAUUUGCCAAAAGGAGGCACUUUUUAUUUAAAAUUUGAGACUAAUGAGCUCUCAAAAAUCAGUCCCAAAAGUGUAUUAUCCAUUUAAGGUUAUAAUUUUCACAAAGGUGUAGAUAGUUCUCUAUUGUUUUCAUGUAAAAUAGUAUAGAUUUGUUUUGUUGGUUUAGGAAUAGUACAUAUUUAGUAGUAAUACAAAGUUUUUUCCUUUCUACAUACAAAUUACUUUUCUUGCUUGCAAUAGAAAUGCAACGUGAUAGGUGUUUCUCCUCUUAUUUUCAUUGUCACAUUAUGUCUUAGCAUCUCACUUUAUGAAAAAAAGGAGAAAAUACCAAUCUACAGAGCCCUGCUUAUUAAAGCACUCGUUUAAGAAACAAAAAAUUAUGGCAGUCGGGGGUCCAUUCAUGUAUUGCCUUUAUGUUGUUUUCUAAAAGAACCAUGAUGCCUUUGUAUUUGCUGUUUGCACCCCUGAAAUCAAUUCCAUAUCAUGUUUGAAUGCCAUACAUUUUGCACAUGUACUGUACAUAGUAAUGCAUACUGUAUUUUUAUAUGUGUGCACAUUUAUCAUCAGAAAUUUUGUACAUAGUGGCAGUAUUGUAGCGGAUUGGAAAAUGUUUGAUAUCUCAGCAAUUUUGCAUUUUUGUGUCUCAAAUAAAAAGCAUUUUGAUGUAC